AUGAACUCGACUUCAACUCCGAGAAGAUUGCACCUUCAUCAUUUAACAGGAGAGGCUAUGAAUAAUUUGCCGCCAAUGCCACAUGUGAGUUUUUUUUGGGGAUUUUGAGGAAUUACGAUUAGAAAAUCAAGAACUUAGGCUAACUCGACUUUCGAAAAUGAAUAAAACAGGAGGAACAAAAAUCAUCCAAAUCGGGUGAUCAAGAAAAAUUUCAAAUUCGAAGAUAAAACUCAAAUUUUAAGCUUUAAAACCAGGAAACUUUAAAUUUGUGAAAAAAAUCGCAAGUUUCUAUCACAAAAAUUACCAGAAAUAGUCGAAAAAACAAUAUUUCGAGUUGAAAAUGUCAAAAACUUCAUCUAGAAAACCAGCAUCUUGGUCAAAACUUCAAACCCUACAAAUAACCAAAAUCUAUUUUCAGUGUCAAACCUCUCCGGUUUCAAUGCGAUACUCGGUUCAAAAAUCAUCAGCAUUCGGCCACGAAACCACAAUAAGUCCACAACAAUCAACAUCAACAGCUGAAACAAGCACACCAUCAUCGACCACUGAAAAAUACGUCGUCGAAUGGAAUAUUCGACUAUUACAAGGAAUGGCACUGUGUUCGGCACUUUUCUCAAUGGUCACACUACAAUUCUAUUUUGCGAACAGCGAGAGAAAUCGCGGGAAAUUCGGGAAUUAUCGAAAUUAUGUGGAUGUUAUUAAGGAUAUCAUUAAUUCAUUUGAUAUUGCGAUUGUUGUUUGUUCGAUUACAACAUUCUUUAUUUCAUCGCUACAAUUGUUAUUUGUUACGAAGAUUGUGAAGACGCAGGCAUCUAAUACUGAACUGUAAGUUACUUUUUGCAAAAAUAGAUGGAAUUUCGAAUUUUGGUUCGAUUUUGAAUAGCUGAUCACGAUUCUGUUAGCAAAAAUGGUUAGCUCAACUCUGAAGAUAACCUAUGACAUGACAAAGUUGAAAUCAGCACCGAUUCGUGAUCACAGUCAAGCCUCAACCCCUAUAAAAUCAGACUUAUCCUAACUCAUCCCCACCAUUUUCAGCUCUCUUCAAUACAUUCAACAAACAAGUUUCCUACGAAUCGUCACAUUCUCAUUUUGGUUCGUCUCAAUCCUAAUUUUCGCCAUAAUCAUUCUUCUCAACUGCGCAAUCGAUCCAAUUCGAUCAUUGGCCUCGAAAUGUGUUUCGAUAACUCUUGGAGCAUCGGCAAUUCUGCUAUGUAUCUGGUUUUCAAUGAGAACCCUCUAUUUCUGGGGGAGACUUGCCUGCGGACACGUUUAUAAGGAAAAUCACUAUAAUCACCUAAGCACACUUGUAUAACGUAAUUAUUUUAUAUUUAUCCUUCGAAUGUAAAUAUUUAACCUAUUUAAAACUGAUACUAAUAAAGAAUUACAAUGAAAACCCUUGAUUUAACACAAAAACAUAGAAAAAACGGAAAAAAGCCCAAUAUUUUGAAUUCAAAUGAAUGUCGUUAGAUGCGUCGCGUGUGCGACGACGCGUUCCAUUUUUGCCAGCAACACACAUUUUUCUUCUGGGCGGCAGACGGACAGAUUUUGUCCAAUUUUGUAGCGAAAUUUUGUACUUUUACAGAUUUUUGCUGGAUUUUUUCGUAAUUUUCAGCAAAAAUCGUCUUUUUUCUUUUGAAAAAAAAUAUUUUUGAGAAAAUUAAGAAAAAUUCUCACGACCUUGUCUAAAACUAAUUAGCUCACAUCUGAAAAUUAGUUAUGAUGUGGCAAAAUUGGUGACUUACUCAAUUUCAAAACAACGGCUUUCAGAGCAGAUUUAGCCUUGUAAACCCACGUGUUUUUGCCACGUCAUAGCUUAUAUUCCGAGUUGGGCUAAGUAGUUUAAACAAAAGGAUGAUAAUCGGCGAGUUAGUAAAAAACACAUUUCAAAAAAUGAAAAAAUUAACUUUUCGAAAAAUAAAAAAUUAAUAAAACGUGACCUUUCGCUAAGCAACGUCAGCACUUUCAUUUUUAUCCAAAAAAUAAAUCAUUUUUCCUCAUUCUUCACUGUUUCCAACUCUGCCACGUCAUAACUCAUUUUCAGAGUUAAGCUAAGUAGUUUUUACUGAGGAAUCUUGAGCAGGUCGGGAUUUCCCAGAAAACAUAAAUCAUAAAAAAAAUAAAAUUUCAAAAAAAAAAAUAAUUAAAUAAAUAAAACGUGACCUCUACGUGACCUUUCGCUAAGCCACGUCAGCAUUUUCAUUUGUCCCAUUUUCCGCAUUCUUCUCUGCUUCCACUUUUCAAACUCAAAAUUUUGGGUAACUUUCUGCCCUCUCCCAAUUAAAAGAUCAAACUACACCAAAACUAGGUCAUUUCUAUCUCACUCUUAUCAUUUAUUGUUUCUUUUUGUCCGCCUUUCUCUCCCGCCUUUUACUAUAUUAAUUCAAACAUUGAAAAAUUCUAAUUUUCAGCCAAAAACUAAUUGCAAAAUGGUUGAACUCGGUGGAAAUGGACCAUUUUCUCAAUCUUUCAACAACUCUGUCUUCAUUAUUCCGGCUAUUGUUGUUGUAGCAAUUUUUGGUGAGUUUUAUGGGACUUGGGGAUGAAAUCUUGAGCUCCUUCGGUCUUUCUAGGAUAGACAGGCCCAAGAGAAUUCGAAUGAUAUAAUUUUUGAUGGCCUUACCUUACUCAUAAGGGGUUUAGCGAUAAGCCGGACUAAACAUCGCGGUAACGUAAAGUCAUCAAAAAUUAUAUCAUUCGAAUCCUCCUAACCCCAUCUAGAUUAUAAAAACGAAAAGAUCCCAAUAUUCAGUAUAGUUCUCUUCAAACUUCGCCCAACUAACUAUAUAUUUUCAGCAUUUGCUGCUCUCAAACUCCGCGACGCAACCUACGCCAAAGAGGAGAAGCAAAGACAAGCGAAACAAAAACGAGAGGAAAAGAAGAAGGCCAAGUAA